UACUUCUCUUUCUCAUUCACUUUUUCUAGCUCCUUCUCAAGGAUAAUUCCAUCUACAAUGACUUCUCCAUUUUCAUCCUCAAACAUAGACAAUUUUACUUUCUCAUCAAACAUGACAAUGAUUCCUCACACUCCAUUUUCUUCUUCUUCUUCUUCAUGUUUGUUUGAUGUUUACCAAAAUGGUCUUAUGGGAAUAAUGAAAAGUGAGAUGAACAUGGAUUUUAGCAAUGACUUCCAUGGAAAAACCUUAUUACCUUCUCAUGAAGUUCAAGUUGGAUCUUCUAAUAAUGAAAUCAAAGAAAAUAAUAAAAAGGAAAGUAAUUAUAAAGAGAAGAAAAUAAGAAGGCAUAGAUAUGCAUUUCAUACAAGAGCUCAAGUUGAUAUUCUUGAUGAUGGUUAUCGUUGGAGAAAAUAUGGCCAAAAAGCUGUCAAAAACAACAAAUUUCCUAGAAGCUAUUAUAGAUGCACACAUGGAGGGUGUAAUGUGAAAAAGCAAGUGCAAAGACUAACAAAAGAUGAAGAAGUGGUGGUAACAACAUAUGAAGGCAUACAUACUCACCCUGUAGAAAGGUCCACUGAUAACUUCGAACAUAUUUUAAAGCAAAUGCACAUUUAUGUUCCUCCUUAAUUAGAUUUUACCUAUACUUAAUACCAACUAUUUCCAUACAAUGAUCUUCCAUCAAUAUUAACAUGGAAACAUCUUUGUAGUAAUCUUGCCUUUUAUUUUAAUAAAUAAAUGUUGUGAGCAAAUAUAUGUUUAAUGCAUCAAUUUGUAUCUUUUUAUUGACGUUAUUUGGAUUCGAUUUUUUUUACU